AUGGGCAUCGAGGAGGCCUUCACCAAGCUGGCCGGCCUCUGCGCCAACGAGGUCGUGCACAGCGGCAUCCCCUGCUGCGGCAUGGCCGGAGACAGGGGCAUGCGGUAUGAGGAGCUGACCGCGGCCAGCCUGCAGCACCUCAACCUGCCGGCCGGCUGCAAGGACGGCUACUCCACCAGCCGGACCUGCGAGAUGUCGCUCAGCAACCACAGCGGCAUCAACUUCAGGGGGCUGGUAUACCUAAUCGACGAGGCGGCGCGCCCCAAGCAGCAGCAGCAGCACAAGGCAGCGUCUGAGGCCGGCCCCCUGCUGGGACUCAUGUGGUUCGACCCCGCCAGCACGGAAAACCCCAUGAACCUCCGCCACGACGCGCAGCAGGGCGACCGCCUGGAGCGGCACGGCUGGCUGGCGCACGACGGGAAGACGUACGGGCGGCAGCUGAUAGAGGACGGGGAGGUCCACAUGAAUAUAACCAUGGUCAAGGUGCCGGGCGCCAGCGGCGCCGGCUACGGCGGCGACUGGGUGGUGCGCGUCGAGGCGCGCGCCAAGGCGCCGCCCGAGGACAUGAGGGUUGUGCCUCUGGAGGACAUCCCUGUGGAGCAGCUGAGCCUGAUCGUUUACAUUGCGGACGGAAGGCUGGGGGGCGCCAAGAUGGAGGCGGUGCCUGGGGGGCACAAGAAGCGGCUGAAAGAGGGGUUAGUGAUGGCCUCUGGCACAGACGACCAUAUCGGCGACUGGGCCCUCCACCUGCGCCCCGGCCCCGGCGGCAGCGCCGCCGCGCAGGCGCGCGCCGCAGCGGCCCGCACUGCGUACACGGCACUGCCUAUACAGCAGGAGGCGCACCUGGUGGGAAUCAAGGACCUGGCUAGGAAUCUUCUUAUGGAGGGUACCAAACGCGUAGGUUACAAGCGCGUGAAGAUGCACAGCGUCCUGCAGGACGACCCCGGCCUCACGCUGGCCCAGAUCAGUUUUGAGGUCGGCGCCGAGGCGUCCACCACCGUCGACAUCGCAUUCCUGUCAAACCCCAAGGGGAAGGGGGCAGAGCAGCGCCUUGCAGCCAUCACGGGGCCCGCCCUCACCAAGCUCAUCCAAAGGCGCGAAAACGCAUUCAACCGCCGCUUCGACAAAGUGUUCCGCCCCAAGCCCGUCGGCGACCAUCCGGCCGCCUGGGUCGAGGUCGUGUCGCGCGCCGCGCUGUCAAACCUGAUCGGCAGCAUGGGCUACUUUGUCGGCGAGUCCCUCGUGCGCCUGCCGCCCGGCGUCGCGCCCGCGCCGGACCGGGUCAAAGCUUCCGCGUUUGACCAGGGCAGCGGCACCUGGGUCACGCCCAACUGGCGCGCCGCGCUGUACACCGCGACGCCGAGCAGAAGCUUCUUCCCGCGCGGCUUCCUCUGGGACGAGGGCUUCCACCAGCUGCUCGUCCAGAAGUGGGACCCGAGGAUCUCCCGCGACGCGCUGGCGCACUGGCUGGAUCUCAUGAAUUCGGAGGGGUGGAUCCCGCGGGAGCAGAUCUUGGGGGAGGAGGCGCGCGCGCGGGUGCCGGCCGAGUUUGUGGUGCAGCACCCCGACCACGCGAACCCUCCGAGCCUGAUGCUGCCACUGGCGCUGAUGGCGCGCGCCGCCGCCGCGGGCGCGGCAUCAGGCGCGGCGGAGGGCGCCGGGGAGGGGGCCGGGGACGCGGCAGGGUCCGCAAAGGCGGCGGCGGAGACGGAGGCGGCGCGGCAGUGGCUGGAGCGGGCGUGGCCGCGGCUGGAGGUGUGGUACUCUUGGUUCAACCGCACGCAGGCUGGGCAGCUGCCGGGCAGCUACAGGUGGCACGGCCGCGACGCGUCCACAGACCUCGAGCUCAACCCCAAGACCCUCACGUCCGGCCUGGACGACUACCCCCGCGCCUCCCACCCCACCGACGACGAGCGGCACGUCGACCUGCUCUGCUGGAUGGCCCUCGCGUCGAGGACCAUGGCGGAGGUUGGCGCCGCCGCAGGCGCGCCGCCCGCGCGCGUGCGGGCGCACGCGGCGGCGGCGGAGGCGCUGGGGUCGCUGGAGCACCUGAAGCAGCUGCACUGGGACGAGGGGCGGGGCAUGCGCAACACAGAGCACGACCCCCCGUACUGGCGCGGCCAGAUCUGGAUCAACAUCAACUACCUCGCGCUCAGGGCCCUGCACCACUACUCCACCACCCCUGGGCCCCACGCUGACAAGGCGGCCGACGCGUACCGCCGCCUGCGUACCGCGCUGCUGGGCAACCUGCUGGGGCAGUACUACUCGACCAGCUACCUCUGGGAGCAGUACGAUGACGUCACCGGUGACGGGAUCAGCAGCCACCCGUUCACGGGGUGGACGGCGCUGCUAACCCUCGCGGCGGCGGAGGUGUACUGA